GCUAGUGUUUAUUCAGGCUUCAUACAGUCGUGGUGAAGGCAUAGCGAAAUUAUUUCUGCCCAAACUAAUGAUGGCGACUAUGGCUGCUGUGGUGGCUGCGAAGGGACAAUUCACGUGGCCAAUGAAAAACGUGGAGACAUGCGUAAUCCUUAGAUUAGUGGUCCGGCGGGAGACAGAGUGAGAGUGCGGAGUGAGGAGUUUAGUCCACCGCAGAGUUUGGUGUUUUGAUUUCUUUGCUAGGGCCAUGCGUGGGUUGAACACACCUCUGUCGUUAUUGUUCUGCAAAGGGGCAGCCAAGUCCUGGGUCAGGUACAUUUCUAGUACUUGGACGAUUAAUGCAGACGUGACCCCUCCAGAUGUCAAUAGUUUUGUUAACCGGACCAAAACUUGUGGGGAAUUGCGCUCUGCUCAUGUAGGUCAAGAGGUCACUCUUUGCGGAUGGAUUCAGUAUCGGAGACAGGGGCAGUUCAUGGUUCUGAGAGACUUCCAGGGACUCACCCAGAUUGUCAUACCUCAGGAUGAGGCUGCUUCCAAUUUGAAGAAGACCUUGUCUGACAUUCCUGUUGAAUCUGUAGUGAGGGUGACUGGAACUGUUGUCCCCCGGCCUCCAGGACAGGCAAACCCUAGAUUGCCAACAGGUGAUAUUGAAGUGAAGGUGGAAACAGCAGAGGUCCUGAGCACCUGUAAGAAACUUCCUUUUGAAAUGAAAGAUUUCAUCAAGAAAAAUGAGGCAUUGCGGAUGAAGUAUCGCUAUUUAGACCUGCGGAGUGUCCAGAUGCAGUACAACCUACGACUGAGAUCUCAGAUGGUGAUGAGAAUGCGUGAAUACCUCUGCAAUCGUCAUGGGUUUGUGGAUGUAGAAACUCCAACACUAUUCAAGAAGACUCCAGGAGGUGCAAAGGAAUUUGUGGUGCCCUCACGAGAGGCUGGAAAGUUUUACUCACUGCCCCAGAGUCCUCAACAGUUUAAGCAGCUACUGAUGGUAGGAGGCCUGGACAGGUACUUCCAAGUUGCCCGCUGCUAUCGAGAUGAAGGUUCAAAACCAGACAGGCAGCCUGAAUUCACUCAGAUUGAUAUUGAGAUGUCAUUUGUGGACCAAACUGGGAUUCAGACUUUAAUUGAGGGUUUGCUCCAAUAUUCCUGGCCUGAGGAAAAGGGGCCCAUCACAGUACCCUUCCCAUCUAUUACCUAUGAUGAUGCUCUUGCCACUUAUGGGACUGAUAAGCCAGACACUCGCUUUGGAAUGAAGAUUGUUGAUGUCAGUGAUGUGUUCAGGAAUGUGGAAGCUGAAAUUUUGCAGAAAUCUCUCUGUGAGCCCCGGGGCACAGUCAGAGCCAUUUGCAUUCCAAAGGGAGCGGAGCAUCUUCAGAAUAAAGAUUUGGAGUCAUUAAAUGAAUUGGCAAAAUCCCAGUUUAACCAGGGGAUAUUGCAUUUGAUUUUGAAGCCUGGUGGCAGCAUGAAGUCCCAGCUUGGUAAGUUCCUGAAUGAGGAGCAAAAACUGGAGCUUAUCAGAGCAGUUCAGGCCAAUUUGGAUGAUGUGGUGUUGCUGGCAGCUGGAGAGCAUGAGAAAGUGUGCUCUACUUUGGGAAAGUUGCGCUUGGAGGUUGUUGAUCUUCUGGAAGCUAGAGGCCUGCCCCUUCGCAACCCCUCUGCAUUCCAUUUUCUGUGGGUGGUGAAUUUUCCACUUUUCCUCUGGAAGAAAGAAAACCCCAAGGCACUGGAAUCAGCUCACCAUCCCUUCACUGCCCCCCACCCCUCUGAUGAGCCCCUCCUCUAUACAGAGCCUGCAAAGGUCCGUGGUCAGCACUAUGAUCUGGUGCUAAAUGGUAAUGAGAUUGGAGGUGGCUCAAUUCGAAUACAUAAUGCAAAGCUGCAACGUUUCAUACUUGAGACAGUCCUGAAGGAGGAUACCGAGAUACUCUUUCACCUGCUUGAAGCUCUGGAUAGUGGAGCACCCCCUCAUGGAGGAAUUGCAUUAGGGCUUGACAGACUGAUCUGUCUCCUUGUUGGAGCUGAAAGCAUUCGCGAUGUCAUUGCCUUCCCCAAAUCCUUCAAGGGAAGAGACUUGAUGAGCAAUGCUCCAGAUUACAUUGCCCCAGGAGAGCUUGAGGUAUACCAUGUCCAAGUUGCAUGGCCUGUGCCACAAGCCAACAGUAACUGAUUACAACCAACUAAUUUUGCUACAGACUACUAUACUCCCUCCAGGAAUCAAAAGCAUGGGACAUCUACUAGUCAUCCUGUUGGAUUUCUGUAACUGGCAGGAAAAUGUUGGUGGGGAAACACUGAUAGAUUUCAAGGGCCUGUCCACACUGCUUGCCCCAUCCCACCAAGAAAUAUUUCUUGCUUUGUGUUCCAAGCACCAGAUGGAAAUGUGAUUGGGUAUCCAGUAUAAUGAGAUUUGAGACUUUACCUUGUCUGUAUGUAUGAAAUGUCAAAAAUUCCAGUGAAUAGAAAAGAUAGUAGCUUUAAGCCAGGGACUUGCAGAAACAGACAGAUGGGGGGGGUCAGCUUCAGAAGAAUUGGGGCCUGUAAAUACAAUUGUACAGACUACCAUAAUCCACCCUAUAAUACAGCAUUAUUCAAAUC